UUUGGAUUUUGGUCUCCUCUCGUCGAUGCGAGAAGCUCUCAAAUAAAAAAUCAACAGGGGCAAGUUGAUUUCCUGUCUCGUCCGACCGUGCACUUCAGCAUCCUCUGCUCCAUAAGUAUAUACUGUAGUAAUCACCCACGAGCAAACAAAAUCUUGUCCGUCUCUAUUUUCUGUUUCCUAGGAGGAGAGAGAAGUGUGUGAGAGAGAGGGGGGUGUGUCUGCGUCUGGGACUUGAUUUUCUGGGUUUCUCCUCCUUCAGUUUCUUUUGGCAUUGUAAACUAUGACUAAACUGGGGAAUUGCCUGGCUCUGGACUUAAUCAUCCUCAAUGUAGCUCUUGCCUCCGUCAAUGGAUUUCUAGCCGUCAUUGCAUUUGCUCAGCUAAUGAGGAUUCAUAUGAGAAAUCAACAAGAUGGUUGGACUCGUCAAAAAGUACUCCAUUUCAUGGUGGGAUUUUCCAACUUAGGGUACCUUAUAUACUUUGUUUCUACGAUCGUGGCUACUUGUAAUGGGUGGCACUGUUGGUCUCAUGCUUGCGGAUUUAUCCUCAUGGCCUCCCCAAAAAUUCUGUUUUUGGCGGUAUAUCUCCUGCUGUUGUCAUUCUGGGUGGACCUUUGCCAUCAGGCAAAUGAAGAAGAUGAGGAAGAAGAUGAUGAUGACGAAAAUAGCAUCAACCAGGCCUUGCUGGAAGUUCUUAAGGGAGAAUCUGGUUCACCUCAUGUGAAAGACCACAGGAGAUGCUGCUUCCAAGGCAUUCAUGUUGGUAGCCGGCAAAAAUAUGUCAUCAUGAUUGUUGGUGUGAUCUUUCUUUUCACGAUGGCAUUUACCGUGAUGAUCUGGAUUGGCAUUGGUGAGAAUCCGAUAGACCCUUCUGUUGUUGCUGAGGUAUAUGAAAAACUUCUUGCAGUAAUGACACUUGUCUUGGCUGCGGCGCUGGGCUGCUAUGGCUUCCUUCUAUUCUUCCAAUUGAGGAAAGUGCGAUCUGAAAAAGCUUCAUCAGAAAUGUGGAAGGUCGCCAGCUUAGCGUUUGUUUCGGUGAUGUGUUUGUUUUCAAGUGCAUUAGUAGCUUUUCUCACGGACAUUCCUCUUUUCUACCAUUGGCAUCUGAGGCUCAUGUAUGGUGUCAAAGCUUUAGUUUUCUUGAUCUUCUACUAUUUUGUAGGUUCUUCUUUGCCAUCAGCUUAUAUGCUUUGGAUCAUCAGAGAAUUGCCACCUCCUGACUCAGAUUAUAAACAAGAACAACCAACAUCAUAUGCUUAUGUUAGCCAAGAUCUUCCCAGCACAAAUCCGACUCGCUACUGGACUAGUGCAACAAGUUCAACGAAUCAGGCUUCAAAAGCAAGUCCUAUAUGAGGACUCUGUGAAUGGUUGAGCUUUGAAUGUUCCGGGUGCUGAAGAAAAUUUUAAAUGACAUACACACUCUCCCUCAGUAAUACAUGAUAAUAUGCAAUUCAGAUUCCAAAAGGUUCCUUAAAAUGGAGAUUAUGAGCCAUUAGAUCCUAAGAAGAGUCAAGAUAAUGUCACGGAUCAUAAGAUGAUCUUCAAAUAUCAUAAAUGCAUAUAUUAAUCUCCACCCCUGGGACAUCAUCUGGACCUUUACGGUAAUCUAACGGCUCAUAAUAUUCACUCAGGCGUACAUUGUAACACCCUUGCUGCAGGGGAUCUAAAUCUGAUGGGUGCUUAGGGUUUACAAGUAUCUGAAAUGCGUUGAUGUAUCUGUAUAGGUUGCUGCAUAUAUGUAUCUGUAGUGUAGGACAACUCCUUUUGUGAAUCCUGAAUCUCUAGUGUAGAGAUAGGUACAUGAGUAAAGGGGCCCCACAUGUUAGGUGGUUCCCAUUUUACUUUUGUGUCUAUUUCCUUCUUUACAGUACUAUGUUGUUGCAAUGGAAAAUCAGGUUAUGAUGUUAAUGUAUAGAGUUGAUGAGAGUGGCAUCUUCAAAUGUAAAUGUUUUGUAAUUUCACAGAACGUGACAUGGCUGAGAAGAUCACUCUUUUCUGUUUAUGAUCAUACGACUUCUUUGUAAUGGUCACUUGCGUGCUUGCUACAUGCCUAAUUCAUUUUUCAGUA